AUGAUUUUCGUCUCCACGUCGUACGAGUCGAAGAUAACGGGCGAUGAGGGCCUGUACGCCGCCAUUGAGGCCGCGCGCUUGGCGCGUGCCCUGCGUGGUGCGACGAUACGUCCGCAUGUGAAGGGAAACCCGCCGAUCAACCCAAACAGCAUUGCGCUCGCCAACGCACCAAGGAAGUGGGAGGCACGCUCUCUCGCUGAAAACGCGGCGCAGGAGUUACUGGAGGCAAUCAGUGGCGGCGACAAGGCGGUCUCACAGUACCGCCAGCAAGUUUCACUGGCCAUCCCGGACGAGGCGGAGAUGCAGGAGCUGCGCGCGGUUGUGCCCUUCAUACAUAGUGUGCAGCCCCAUCCAGUAAUGAGCUUUGACGAUGUCAAGCGGCUAUCGCAGCUUAUGUCCCUGCACGGCGCCAACAUCACUUGCCUCAACUUUGGCAACGGCGCCAUUAUGCCAAACGAGCACGCGGAGACCUCGCCCGCGACGGUGAUGGCGAAGAUGGAGGAACUGAAACAGCGCUUUCCACUGCCCACGCCAAAGCCCAAAAAGUCCACUGACAGCGUCGACGAAGAAGAAGAGGAGGAGGAGGAGGAGGGCUACGUGGAUCUUUCCACCAAUGAAGAACUACGACAGUGGUGCCAAAAUCAGCAGCUUGAGUACACCGACUACAAGCACGCCAUUCGGCUCCGGGCAGCGUACGAACUGGACGCCUUUCGUAACAUCUGUGAGAUGCUCAUGAGGGACAAUAAGGUUCGUGUCUUGUUGCUGGGUCACAAUGGGCUAGGGACGCCCAACGAGGAGGAGCGAGUCUCACUCGUCCCACUGCGUCUCCUGGCGAAGCUUAUUGACGCCAAUGAGACAAUCAAAGUGUUGGACCUGAGUAGCAACGAGUUGGGGCCACACGGCUUUGGCAUUGUUGGGAAGGCCCUCACGAAGAAUAUCGCCGUCGCCUCCCUUGACCUCUCCGACAACCAGCUUGGUAUGCCGCCGCCGGAGGUGGACGAGGACCCAGAGUACCAGGGAGAGGACCCCGUCUUUGGGGAGCAGUACAGCGGGCUGGAGGCAAUCAGUGAGGUGCUCAAGAAGAACAAAUUUCUGCGUCACCUGCGCCUGUGCCACAACCAGAUUCACAGCGGUGGGGAGGGGGAGGAGCCACCGGUGACAGACCCUGCAGAGAUGGAUCCAGAGAAAGAUGCCGCCACUCCAGAGGUGGAAAGCUGGCAGGAUCUCCCGCUUUGGCAACUUGUCGGUCCGCUGCGCGAGUACCACCGGCUACGGGCACUCGACCUGAAGGGGAACGCGUUGGGUGCUGAGGGCGCCCGCAUGGUUGCCACCGCGCUUGCCGAAAACCAUUCGGUUGAGGUGCUGGAUCUCACGGAUAACGGCAUUGGGUUCCGUGGGCUACACUACAUAGCAAAGCUUUUAUUGCUGUCACCGCACAGCGUUCUGCACACGCUCAUCCUACGGCGGAACAAUCUCGCUGGCAAAAAGGGAAGUAAGGCGCAGCAGCGAAUGGCACUGGCCGCCAUGGAAGCAAUGAGUGUGGCUUUGAACGGAAACACGAAACUACGCCGCUUGUCAAUCGCUGGUAACUACCUUGGGCCUACUUUGUGCGCCGCCAUGCUGUGCACGAUCGGCACGGCCUCGGCACUGGAAGAGCUAGACCUCGAAAGUAACGACGCCUGUGGCGAUGUGGCCGCACCGCAUGACACGACGGUCAUGCACUCCAUAGCACUGGCGCUCUACGGAACAGCUCUCAGCGGGUGUCGCCCGUCGUUAGCGGUGCUGCUGCUCGGCGGCAAUAAUAUCCAGGCCGCAGGCUUACGUGUGUUGUUCCCAGCCCCUGCGGCAAUGCCGACCUCCCUUCGUGAGGUGGAUCUCAGCCGCAACAACAUCCGGGACGGCCUUGAGGCUGUGAAUCACCUUUUGAUUAGUUCCCCGGUGCUGCGGAGACUUGUUUUGGCGCACAACAGCGUCACAGCUGCCCCUGCCUUACUUGCGGGCAUCGCGGCUAAUCAGUGCCUCAAGGACCUGGAUCUCUCGCAUAAUAAGUUGGGCUCGCUGAAGGAGCAAUACUGUAGAGACCAACAGGCGCAGGUAAAGGGCGUGGAGGAGUUGUUGCAAGUGCUUGUCAACCACCCUUCGCUUGAAAACGUCAAUCUCAGUUACAACGAGUUCGAGGCAAGACAUGGACCGUUGCUUGCAGAACUUUGUAAUGGGAACAAGUCCAACAAUCACCUGCGGCGAAUUGACCUCAGUGGAAACCCAGAACUUAAGCAAGAGGACAUUGAUAAAAUGGUGCAGACGCUGGCGACAAAGCCUGGUAUUGAGGCCUUCUACAUCUCUUCCUCGUAUCCGGCAGUUGUGGAAAAGGUUGCAAUCGUGCGCCCCGUAGGCCAGGACGCUGCGCUGGAUACAAUGGCCCAACGCAACCAGCAACUGUUGCUCUUGAAGCUGUUGCGGGAGACGGUGUACCGGAGCCCCUCCCUGAUUGACAUCAACUGCGACUUGCAGAAGAGUGUCUUGCACGAGGAGGGCACUGGCACGGAUGAGGGUGAAGUCAUUGGAGAGAUGCGACGACGACUACUGCUGAAUGCGAUUCUGACCUCAUCGAAUCAAUAG